AUGGUAGAUGGUGAAACGACACUCGUUGAGAAAACAACGCUCGAGAUGUCAGCAAAGAGAUCAAGGGUAGCAUCGUCAAGCAGUGCAGCCAGACAACCAGCUAGACAGCCGGAGCCGAAUGUACCUGUGGCUUUUGACCCACAGUACCAGACAUUGCAUGAGCAUCCAAUGACAUUCGCCCGGCAGUUUAUGAGGCGACUCAUCCGAUUACGGGUUUUAUUGUAG